AUGCCUGCAAGAUUGUCAAGGGGCUCGAGCCAAAGUUCGGCCACUUCGUCACGAAGGCGGCGGUGCUUCCGCAGAUCGAGAAGCCGGAGACCGUGCAGGAGGCCCCCGAGCAGAAGGCCCGCAAGAGCGCAGGCCUCAGCCCCGAUGAGCUCAAGGAGCUCGAAAGCUUGA